CUUUGUUGUCUGAAUUUGUCUUUGUCUGCGUCAUAACGGUUUUCGUAUCCAAAAAGAGCUUCGAUGUUCUGGGUAAUAAUAAGAAAAUAAGUAUUCCUGUUAUGGUGAAACUCUUAUUGCAUGCUUGGAGACAUGCUUUAUAAAUGGUGAAAGUUAUUUGUGUUUCAGUAUCUGCAAGCAAGUGUUACUUUACAUCAUGACUUUUGUAUCGCAUACCGUUCUUGCCGGUGUUUUCUUAAUUGUAUAUUUUGCUAUUUGUUGCUGUGGAUACUCAUAUUUGCAACCUGUCAAAUACGGUGACGGUGAAUGCAUUGAUGAUGAUUGGGAAAUACAUCCUGUAGGCUCAGUUUGGUAUGAUACUACAAAAUGUGAACAGUUAGAAUGCGUUUAUUAUGGGGAUGUGCUUUAUAUUCAAGGUUAUGGAUGCGGGAAAAUCGGCCAUCCAAAGGAGUGCUGGCUAGUUCCGGGUAAAGGUCCAAACUAUCCAAGCUGUUGUCCUCAAGUUCAAUGCUUAGAAGGUAUUAUUUGGUAAAACAGAAGAAAGAACGUCUUCCUGAAAGUAUUCAUUGGUUGGUUUACAGAAUACAUUGGUUGUGAAGAAAUAAUAUCAGUUUUGAGUAAUUAAAUUGCAUGUUAUGUGAAACGAAGUGAUUGAAACAGCGAACAAGAAACAAAAGUAGUUUCAAUUACUGAAUAAAAAUUUUGUUAAAUUAACAUGAAUUUUGUUAUUCUUUGAAAUAAGUGUAUUAAUAGUUAUUAUCUAAUGUAAAUAAUAAAUAAUUUGCAUUCUGUAGCAGUUUUA